UAUUUGUCCGAGGCUAAUGGGACCCUCGUAAGUGUAACACUAUAUGGCUACAUGUAUGUGCUUGUACAGACAUAAGCAAUCAGUGUUUACACAAUUAUCACUUGUAAAGUUGAUUUCAAUACAAUCCAUGGCGUUCAAUUCAGUAAAUAGAGCACUGAUAUCAAAUAAAAUCCUUCUGAUAACAAUAUUGAAACAUUCUGCUUUGUUUAUCUAGUUACUACGUCGGUGUAAAACGGAGAUAAUAAUGAACUCAGCGAUUUUAAAUAUGCUCCCGCUGAAUAAAUGCAUAUGUUUACAUAUCUAUCACAUACUCUGAACAACGAGUAUCUUAGAAUGCUAUCUAUCGAACUGGGUUGACAAAUAAUCAAUGUGGUUGUGUAGAGUACCUUAAACAGCUAAUUUCCAACACACACUUGUAUUACUCAUUUACAUACUUUAAGGUUUAUUUGGUUACGAAAUCCAUAAUGCAAUCAUCAAGUGUGGUAUAAUACAGAUAAGUGAUUGUUGUGUUGAUGUUAACAAGGAGUUUGACCGACAUGUGUGUAGUUUGGUAAACUUGUUCAGCAGGACACGGUGUAUUGUACAGAUAAUGCAAUCGGUUAAAAAAUCAUUCUGAAAUAACAAUAUCUUUUAAAAUAAAAUUUUAAAAAAUCUCAUUGUUAUACAAACACUUUGCCUUACCAGGACAGACACAACGAAUGUCACUAUGGUCACUAUGGUAUGCCAACGUAACUAUGUUUUCAGCUGUUGGCCACAAGGACGUCUAGUGUGACGUAUGCGCUUAAAAACCAAUCAUAGGCGUUCGCUGGAAGUGUAACUACUGCCCUAACUAUAACUCGUGUUAUGCGUGCCACGAUAAAUAAAGGUGGAGGCACAAUAGGUCGCAUACUUUCGAGAAGUUUGAUACACCUGUCAGUAAUAUCUUCCGGACAAUAUUAACAAGUGCAGAGUCCCCAACCAGUGAGUCUGAUAUGGACGCAGGUAAUGACUCUGACACUGACUCUGACAGUUUCGAGACGGACGCAGCUGAUGUACACGAUGGUGUUGGGUGUGACGUCUGCUGUGAGCGUCCUAUCCGGGGUACCCGCUGGAAGUGCAGAGAUUGCCCUAAUUACGACAUGUGUACAUCGUGCUACAAGAAUCUUAGAAUGUUUCACGAUAUGAACCAUUCAUUCAAGAAAAUCAACAGUCACUCAUUUACAGGAGCCCUGCUUGUCAACAAUAAACGAUCCUCGAAAAUGCAUAAAGUGAAUCGCGCAGGAGUCGUUCACAAGAAUGUGACGUGUGACGUCUGCACUAUGAGCCCGAUCGUGGGUACCCGUUUGAAAUGCAGAGAGUGUGCUAACUAUGACAUGUGUUCCGCGUGCUUUGAGGAUCACAGGAUGGUGCACGACUUGUCGCAUUCAUUUAGACAGAUUGAAACAACAGGAUGUGUAUUACACCAGGCGGAAGCUACUAGAACAACAAGCUCUCAAGCGGUGCCGAAAAGAAUCCAUCAAACCAAUGACGGUUCAGGUACGCCUCAUGUAGGUGUAAGAUGUGAUGUCUGCAAAGUCUCUCCAAUUCGGGGUACCCGCUGGAGGUGUAGUUCUUGUCCCGACUAUGACAUUUGUUCCACUUGCUAUGAGGAUAAAAGACGAUUGCAUGAUAAGUCGCAUUCGUUCUUUAAAAAAGAAAAUUCAACCAAAAGAACUAAAGAACAAAAGGGAGAACAUGAACUAUCAAAAACGUCGUCUUGUUUGCCAUCACAUUGGAUGACGAUGAGGCCCGAUCAACACGUUAUUAAAGUUGAUCUUUCAACUAUGAGUGAGGAAUUCAGAACUGUAAUGGGCAAGUUCGUUCAAACGCUUAGAAAAAGAAUCGUCAGAAUACACAGGGUUCAAAGCAAAAUUCUUUGGGAGUUUUACUGUUCCAAACGCAAGCAGAUGGAAGCCAUAGAUGGAAAAAUCGGCGGUAACGAGAUGAACCUUUUCCAUGGAACAAAACCGGACAUAAUCCAAACUGUAUGCGCUCACAAUCUCGACAUGCGCCUUGCCGGAACAAACGUCGGUGCGAUAUAUGGCAAUGGCGCCUAUUUUGCUUCGACAGCAGAUAUGUCGGAUCGGUAUGCAACGGCUGAUCCAAAAACGGGUCACAAGUUUAUGUUGCAGUGUCGUGUACUGGUGGGACGCUGGACUAAAGGGCAGCAGGGUUUACGGAGGCCGCCUGAGAUAGCCCGGACACCGGAUGGUCAGGUCAGACUGUAUGACAGCUGCGUGGACAACGUACGCAAUCCGAGCAUCUUCUGCAUCUUCGACCACGUUCAGUACUAUCCAGAGUAUAUCAUUGAAUACAAAUAAAUUACAAGAACUAUUUACGAAGGAAUAUUAAGAGUUUGCACAUUUCCUGAAUGUAUUACUGGAUAAUUCCCUGUGCUUAUCGGACUGCAAAUAAUAUAUUUUUUUCUAAUAUCCUGUAUUAUUUAAUUAGAUAAUACCUGAUUGUAUCCAUUUGUAUGCAUUCAAUUGCAUGCAAACAGAAAACUAAUAUUUCCGGAUUUAUAUCAUUUAGUAAUAAUACAAGGAUUAUAUGUUAAGAUUUAGUGCAUGAUUCACUUGUAUAAUUUUUAUUGUAUCAUACUUGUGGACGAAAUAUGUUUGUUUAAUGGAAUGAAAGAUCGUCAUAAUUCGCGUAUCAAACACUAUUUUAUAUUAUUGAUGAAUAUGUUUUUAAUGUAAACUAUCUUGUUGACGGGUUUUUCUACUUAGUACUUAGAAGUAAUUUAAUAUGAUUAUAAUAACGGUGUUUAUACGUUGUUCAAUACAUAUAUUUUAUUUUCCGUUGCCAUCUACCGGUAGCUAAUAUGUGAGUUAUCCAUUCUCAUCGUGUCCUUAAUAAUCAAUGUGUUGAUUCUAUUGUUAUAUCCUAUACUGUUUCAAAGAGUGCAUUUGUACAUAGAUAAUGGUAUGGUAAUUUAAUGAAGGUCCUAUCAUCUAGACAUAUACACGUCCUCAUUAUUUGCGCUGAUUUUGUUAUUUAUGUGUUACACUUUUAAUAAGUCUUUUGAAUAUAUGUUGAGGUAUACUCAAAACAGUAAUCUUGGUGGCUUAUUUCAUAGUUUACUACCUAAGUUACAUCCAAAUCGAUCACUAAUCUGGACUGUGUUUUUUUCUGUUUUAAACAAAUAUGAGUUAUUUGGGGAAUUUAUUACAGUGAAACAAUGAAUGAAGUUAAAAUAUCACUGAUCGUUUGCUAUCAUUGAGGUCGACCUAUAUAAGUUACAGUGACACAUUUACAUGCCGUCAUGAGUUUAACAAAAAGACAUGCAUACACAAGACAAAUGUUCAAUUAAGCACAAAUGACGCAAGCAUGGAACUUGUUGCAAAAAGAGGUUAUUUAAAUGACGUAAUGAUACACAAGUGUGAUGCGUGAGAUUUACUUCUUUUUGCAAUUCAUUAAAUUGUAGCAUACAUUUAUCAUUAUACAGCUACAAUUAUGUUGCGCUGUUUUGCAACCGGCCAUUUAUUUAAUAAAUGGUAAAUAAAUAUCAACGCGUUCUCUUGAAUAGACAAUUGCAUCGAAAUGUGUAUGUUUUUCAUUUGUAUUCACGCUGAACUUUUGAAUUACAUCCUGGAUCAGUUUAAAAGGGUGAAAUAAAGUGUUGAAAUCC